AUCAUAGCGUCGCCUUUUGUUCGAUCGCAGCUCGAUCGCUGAUGCCACACGCAGCCACAGUCCGUGCCACAACUUGAAGUGCAAUCAGGUGCAACCGCCGUGAUACCUCACAAUGGGCCAGUACUGGCACGUGUCAGUCCCCCUAAUCCCUAUGAUCGUUGUCAGAGGCUGCAAAUAACGGACGUUCUGUUUCUGUGACAAGGAUUAACAUAGACAGGAAACAGGCUAUAGCAUUUGAGAACUGGAAGCUCCCUGGGGUUAUCUUCUCGUAUGACGCAAAUCGACUUGUUUGGCUUCUGGCAGUACCCCGCGAGAGGGUCCUGGUUCUUCCAGCCCAAGCCGUACGUCCGCUCGCUCGAACGUGGCCUCAGCAAGGACCCACGCGAUCUUGGCGCGCUCAACUUGCCUUUCGAUGUCCUGGACCAAAUAUUCUCCGAGGCUGGACGAAAAGACACGAGGUCUGCCGUCUUCCUCGCGCUCACCAACUCGCUUCUGCGCGAAAUUGGGCAGAAGCACAUAUACCAGAGGCUGCUGACGUACAUCUGCCCGUGGUACCUAGAACGCGUCGUCUGUGUCGGCGAGUACACCGACCCCGACGAGCUCCCCCCAGGCAUCAAGGAGCGCGAGAGGGCGCAAUUUAGCGGUCGCGUGCACGAUAAGUACUGGGGGGAAGAGCCUGUCCCCAAGUUGCUCGACUUGUCCCCCGCUGAGCGUCGCGAAAUGAACGCCUUGGUUCGGCCGGACUACUCCUGGGACGGACGGCCCGAGACGGAAUGGGUCCUCUGCAGUUGGACGGCCGGGGAGUACGUGCGCGCCAGCGCCGUCGCGAAGCUUACUGGGUCGCAAUGCAACGGUCCGUGGACCCAUCGCGAUCUCAGCCUUGGCCAUGUCCUCCUCACGCAAGUUUGCUGGUCGACCGACGCCGACAUCAUUGGUACGAAAACUGAGACGAUCAACCGCGGUCGCUGGGCCGCACACUACGUCGCGAUCAUCACCGUGGACCGGCUGAAGACGGAUGAGACCUACAGGGUGAAGACGUUUGUUGACGUGACGGAUGAGAUCGUCGACGAGGUCUUGGAGAUAUGGAGAGAUAAUACAACCGGGAUGUUGGCGAAAGAAUUUCAGCCUGCAGGCCGUGGGGGUCUCAACGCUGGCGACGGUGCGGAUCGCGAAGCCACAGCAUGA